AUGUCUUCGUCGCCAUUAUCAUCGAAAAACAAUACAUUCGUUCAAACUCAAACUCCAUUUUUCAAUCGAUACGACGCUAACUCGACUUCCUCAAUGAGUAUUACUCGAUGUUCACCAGUUCCGACAUCGUCUUCCGCAACAACGCGAAUAGUAGGACCAAAACCUUUCUAUCGGUCACAAGUUACUCCCGAUCCAUUUGAUUAUACAAAUAAUCAUCGUCGACAAGUUGAUUACCAGCAAUACCUUCAAAAUCCAUCACAACGUCGGUUUUCGAUUAACCAAAUCAACGCGACCGAUAACGAUGAUGAUGAUGAUGAUGACGAUAAUAAUAAUAAUAAUGACGAUGAAUUGACAUCAUCUGACGAGUCACUUUCAAUUGAAUUUCCACCACCACCGCCGGCAUUUUGCACACCAUCGGUUGCUGAUACUAAUUGUCAAUUUGUACCUGUUAAACAUUCGUUCAUUCAAACAACAGUUGGCCGAUCAGAUUCAGUUUGUAUUUUAUAG